AUGGUUGAAAAUAGUAACAAUCAAAAAUUUACUAUUAGUGCUAGAAAACGUAUCGCUGUUGUUGCACAUAAUAAUAAAAAACAAGAACUAAUUGAAUGUUUAAAAAGACAUCGUGAAAUACUGUCAAAACAUGAACUGUAUGGAACAGGUACGACUGGAACACUAGUUGAAAAAGAAUUGGGAUUACCAGUAACAAAAUUUCAAAGCGGACCAUUGGGUGGUGAUCAACAGUUGGGUGCACGUAUAGCUGAAAAUCAACUUGAUCUAUUGAUAUUUAUUAUUGAUCCACUAGAUUCUCAUCCACAUGAUUCAGAUGUCAAAGCUCUGUUACGUUUAGCACAAGUAUGGAAUAUAGCUGUAGCUAAUACAAUAGCAACAGCUGAUUUUAUUCUGUCGUCGCCUUGUAUGUCAAAGGUGUACAGCCGAACUGUUGCUCAUGUUAACAAUGCAUCCACAAUUGUUAGCCAAAAUGAUCCAGUACCUACCACUAAUGCAACCGACACCGUUCAUAUUAUACGAGAUGAAAUACAAAUCGAUUUAAGAAAUCCUACAAUUUCACAAUUGGCUAGAAAUCUUUUAUUUCAUAAAUGUUAA